UAUUGCGUGUUUUCGUAAUAAUUUGCUCUUGAAAUGGCGUGGACGUAUCCAGCGCGGCGAAAAAUCACUACAGCAUUGCUGCUGCGUCGUCUACGACGGAGACAGAAGCGGACUAUGUACAUCCGAGAGAUAUUCGACAAGCGGCCUUACAUUGGGCAGUACCACAACCUCGUACCGGAGCUGCGGCAAGUGGAUCCAGAAUACCAUUUCAAGUAUUUCAGGAUGACCAAGGCAUCAUUCGACCGUUUGUUGGGCCUGGUGUACUACAGGCUGUUGCAUCCUCCGAAUCAUAGAAGACCCAUAUCUCCUGCGGAGAGACUAGCAGUCACAUUGAGAUUCCUGCCAACCGGCAGUUCCAUGCAGGACACCGCCAUCAAUUACUGUAUGCACGUUUCAACCGUGUCCAACAUACUGAGCGAGACCCUCGCGGCAGUAUGGGACUGCCUCUCACCACUCGUGUUAAAACCACCAACAACAGCCGAGUGGGAGAAAAUCCGGCAGGUGUACAGCUCUAGGUGGAACUUUCCGAAUGUCAUUGAAAGUAUAGAUGGCAAACAUUUUGCUAUUCGGUGUCCGGACAAAAGCGGCUCUGACUUCUUUAAUUACAAAGGGUUCUAUUCUAUUGUACUGCUUGCAGUGGCUGAUGCAGAAUACCGCUUUAUCCUAGUUGAUGUUGGGGCUCAAGGGCGAGUAUUAGAUGGUGCGUGUUUCAAUGAAAGUGGUAUCAAGGAACACUUUGAACGUGGAACGCUUGGACUACCUUCAUCAGCCUGUCGGUGGCCUGUUUGUAUGGUAGGUGACGCAGCAUUCCCCUUGCGACCGUACUUAAUGCGGCCAUACCCUGGGAGGAACCUAAGCGAAACAAAAAAAGUAUUCAACUACCGGUUGUCCAGAGCAAGACGGUGCAUUGAGAACGCAUUUGGGAUCUUGGUGUCAAGGUGGCGCUCAUUUCUGUCUACUGUCACCGGAACGCCGGACUUCCUUACUGACAUGGUGAAGGCAGGCGUCUGCCUACACAAUUUCUUGAUGUUGGACGCUGCAUACUGUCCAGAAGGCUAUGCUGAUACUGUGUGUGGGGAGAAUGUGCAAGAAGGCCUUUGGAGACAAACAGUAACACAAGUAGGAUGUGAGGGUUCGUCUGGAGCAAACCGCCCAACUUCAGUGGCCAUGGCAAUCAGAGAUGAAAUUGCUGGUUAUUUCAUGUCUCCUGAAGGUUCCCUACCAUGGCAGCUAAGGGUUGUUAGGAGAAGUUGA